UAAAACAAAAAAAUAAAACAAAGCUACCGUCACGGUAAACAAUGAGCAAAGUUCCUUCAUUAUCAACACAAAGGUGAAAAACUGACGUAAAAAAUCCACACAGACAGAGAAUAGUACGCCCACACAAACUGUGUGAAUUCAUCAGCGUCUAUAAGUGUGACUAAAAUUUUUUUAUUCCUUAAAAAAAUGUUUAGCAAACUAUGCAUCAUAGUGUACAUGAAUAUUAUUUUAAUAUGAGUGUGUGGGUGGUGAUGUUGAGUCGUCCAGUGAGUUAAUAAACCGAUUUACUAAAUCAUAAUCAGUUCCAACUCAAACUAGUAUGAACUGAAAACAAACAAUAACUAAUAACUACUUAACAAAGUAGUAGAAAAUAAGUUGAAAAAUUCAUUCAAAUGAGUUCAAUUAAUGAAAGUGGAUUUACUGGUAGUAAUUAUCAACGAUUUGAUGAUGAUCUGCCAUCAAAUCAUGGCCAGGAUAAUCAUGGAACAAGUCCUAACAACUACCCAAGAACAUCACCGAAGAAGGAUAACACAACAUCACCAGAUUCAUACCAAAGGAGUCUUAGAGAUGUGGAGAUUGAUGAUUUGACUGAGAGUGCUGCCUUUGCCAGGCAGACAGUGGUAAUGGAUAUUGAUAUGCAUUGGGAGAUGAAUUAUCAUGAAGCUGCUAUAUUUUUAGAGGAAGGAAGAAAUAAUGAGAAAUUCGAUUCCCAUCCACGUCAUCCUGAAGAUCUACCUGCUUAUCUUCUAGUCCACAAUGCUUGGUAUUAUGGCCUUGAUCUCUUAACUUCCUUAGUUCUUUUAGCACUGGCUUUUGUCGAAGAGCCAGCCAUUCCUCUCUUCCAGCUACCUGUCUGGGCUCAUGGAUCAAUAGAAUUAUUAGCUUUGAUCACAAUUGGCAUUGAGUUGGCAUUGAAACUACGAUGGAUUGGAUGGGGAACUAUUUUAAAACAUAAACGAACAAUGCUGAAAUGUAUCACCCUUGCUAUUAUGUUCCUAGAAGCUAUCAUUGUUGUCAUCAGACAAUCUUCACAUUUCCGUGUCACCCGAGCACUAAGACCUAUUUUCUUGGUUGAUACCAAGUACUGUGGUGGUGUUAGAAGAUUUAUCAGACAAAUUCUACAAACUCUUCCACCAAUCUUGGACAUGCUAGGGCUUCUGCUGUUUUUUAUCAUUGUCUACAUGGUCCUUGGUUACUUCAUGUUUUCGGAAACUAAUAGAAAUUUUGCUACGCUGCAAGACAGCUUUGUUAGCCUUUUUGUGCUUCUUACAACCGCAAACUUUCCAGAUGUUAUGAUGCCCUCAUUUUCACGAAGCAAAUGGUAUGCUAUUUAUUUCGUUUCUUAUUUAUGUAUGAUGCUUUACGUGAUGAUGAAUCUUAUGUUGGCUGUUGUAAAUGAGACAUUUACAUCAGCAGAACGUGAUAAAUUUAAAAAAUUAUUCCUACAUAAACGUCGGGCAUGCCAGCAUGCCUUUAAACUUCUUGUGUCAAAACAAAAUCCUGAUCAGAUGAAAUUUAAACAGUUUGAAGGACUCAUGCGUUAUUAUGCUCCAAAGAAAAGUACUCUAGAUGUUAUUUUGAUGUUUCGUCAUAUGAAUGCGUCAGGAAGUGGUGCAUUAAGUUGUGAGGAAUUUUUAUCUGUUUACGAUGUUACGACACUUGAAUGGGAACCACAGUACUCAGGAAUCCCUUGGUAUCGGACAACGUGGCCUCCAUUGCAGAUGUUAUGCACCGGUGCACAUGCUGCAAUUACAUGGCCGUAUUUCGAAACUGUUGUCUAUGUUACAAUUUUUUUAAACGGCGUAGCAAUGGUUGUCAGAUUGUUUCAAUCAUCAAAUAAUCCAGUUGAAUCAGCACACAGGUUUGCUGCUGAUUGGGACACAUUUGUGUUUGGUGGUUUAUUUGUAACUGAAGCUUUGACCAAAGUCCUCGGAUUAGGAAUGAGAAGAUACCUAAGCUCUGGUUGGAAUCUUUUUGAUUUAGGAGCAUCAGUAACAUCAAUAAUAGCAGGCUGUUGCUUAUUAUUAUUCCCAAAAGCAUAUUUUUUUGUCAUAUUCCGACCACUACGACUUCUCAGAAUAUUUAAAAUUAAAAAACGUUACCGAGAUGUUUUCGGUACUCUGGUUAUCCUAUCACCAUUAAUGUGCUCUACAGCCAUUGUGAUGCUUAUUUUGUAUUAUUUCUUUGCUAUUAUCGGCAUGGAAAUGUUUUCUGGACAUGACAUGCGUAAUUGUUGUAUAAAUACAACAGUGGAAGAUUUUUAUAAAUACUCUGUAAAUGGCAGUACAGCCUUAGGAUAUUAUUAUUUGAAUACAUUUGAUAAUUUAAUGGCAAGUGCCAUGACAUUAUUUGAAUUAACGGUUGUUAAUAAUUGGUUUAUACUGAUGAAUGCAUAUGCUGUGAUAGUUGGAUUUUAUACUCGAUUUUAUUUUAUGAUUUUUUAUCUAGUUACUAUGAUUGUUUUAACAAUUGUUGUCUCAAGCUUUUUGGAAGCUUUUAGAUUUAGGAUACAAUACAAACGUUCGACAUCAAAACGUGAUGAGGAAAAAAUGCUACAUGAAGAAGUUGAACUAAAAUGGGAUGAAUUACAAUCUAUAAUUCAAGAUUUUCAGAUAUUGGAACAAUUGAGACCAACAUUGAUGAUUCAUAACACGAUGACGUACAUUGGCUCUCGACCUCGAACACGUGAAGUGCUACAACGAAGAAUGUACAGUCAAGAAAUAUACGAUUGGCUUACGGAAGCUAAAUUGGAGGAGAAACAUCCUGUCAGUGAGUCAGUGAAUAAUUUUGAUGAAAUUGAAAUUGAUGACUCUAGUAUUGAUGCCGAUCAUAUUCUUCGGAAUAGAAAUCACCAAAGUAGAGUAUCGACCAGCCCUAUUUAAUAUUAAAAAGCAAAUAAAUGACUUAUUUAUCUAUUUUUUAAUAGAUAACAAAAUUUAUACUAUUGAAUAAUAAUUGAAUGAUAGUAGUAUUGUCAGCAAAGUUGUGAAAUCAGGAUUUUUCAGCAUGGCAGGAGAUUCUUGGAGUUAUUGGAUAUAGUAAGUAAUGAUAAGAAAAGUGUCCCCAUUACGGAAAAAAAGGGUAGAUAAAAAAAAAGUUACUUUGAGCCCAGUUUUUUGCGAUUAUUUCAAAAACUAUGGGAAAUAUGGAAAAAAGUUUCAGACAAAAAUUGAAGAUUUUUUAAUUUUACACAAAAAAGGUCCUUAGACUUUACUUUAUAUCUCUCAUAGUUUUGCUGUAGAAUAACAAUAAAGAUACAAAAAGGUUGAAAAUGGAUUAUUUUUAACUUUACCGUCAUCUUACAGCUAAACUAUGAAAAAUAACGGUCAGACUAUAAGGACCUUUUUUGUGUAAAAUCAAAAAAUCUUCAACUUUUAUCCGAAACUUUUUUCUAUAUUUCUCAUAGUUUGCAAAAUAAUCGUAAAAAACCAGUUUUAGAGUAAUUUUUUCGGUAAUUUUACCCCGUGCUCGAAAAGACUACUAUCACUAAUUAAUUAUUAACAAUCCCAUUAAUACUUUCUAAAAUUCCUCGUCAUGCUAUUAAAUUCUGAUUUAACAAUCAUCUUGACUGAACUAAUUCCAAAAAUUUAACCUUUUUUUUUGAA